CCCCGCCAUUUCCGCCGCUGGGCGCCAGCCGCCGCCGAGGCCCGGCCGAGGGACCGAGUGAGCGGACGCACGGCGGGCGCUGGGCUGCGGGCUGUGCGCCGCGCGGGCUGCUGGGCCGCGCACCUUCCUGCUGCUCGGCCUCGGCGCCCUUGGACAUGGUGGCCCCCGGCUCUCUGGGCAGCCGGCUGGGCGCGGUGUUCCCGUUCCUGUUGGUCCUGGUGGACCUGCAGUACGAAGGUGCUGAAUGUGGAGUAAAUGCAGAUGUAGAGAAACAUCUUGAACUGGGAAAGAAGUUACUUGCAGCUGGACAGCUAGCUGAUGCUUUGUCUCAGUUUCAUGCCGCAGUAGAUGGUGACCCUGAUAACUAUAUAGCAUACUAUCGGAGAGCUACUGUCUUCUUAGCGAUGGGAAAAUCCAAAGCAGCACUGCCUGACUUAACUAAAGUGAUUGAACUGAAGAUGGAUUUCACUGCAGCGAGGUUACAGAGAGGCCACUUACUGCUCAAACAAGGAAAGCUCGAUGAAGCAGAAGAGGAUUUUAAGAAAGUGCUCAAAUCUAGCCCCAGUGAAAAUGAAGAGAAGGAAGCCCAGUCUCAGCUCGUAAAAUCCGAUGAAAUGCAGCGCUUACGCUCGCAAGCGCUCGCGGCUUUCGAGAGCGCCGACUACUCCGCUGCUAUAACCUUCCUUGAUAAGAUCCUGGAGGUUUGUGUUUGGGAUGCAGAAUUACGCGAACUUCGAGCUGAAUGUUUUAUAAAGGAAGGAGAACCUAGGAAAGCCAUCAGUGACUUAAAGGCUGCUUCAAAACUGAAGCAUGACAACACGGAGGCGUUCUACAAAAUCAGCACGCUCUACUAUCACCUCGGGGACCACGAGCUCUCCCUCAGCGAAGUCCGUGAGUGUCUGAAACUUGACCAGGAUCAUAAAAGGUGCUUUGCACACUAUAAGCAAGUGAAGAAACUGAAUAAGCUGAUCGAGUCAGCUGAAGAACUGAUAAAAGACGGCAGAUACACAGAUGCAACCAGCAAAUACGAAUCUGUCAUGAAGACAGAGCCCAGUGUUGCUGAGUAUACAAUCCGCUCCAAAGAAAGGAUCUGCCACUGCUUCUCUAAGGAUGAGAAGCCUGUGGAAGCCAUUAGAAUAUGCUCUGAAGUUUUACAGAUGGAACCUGACAAUGUCAACGCUCUGAAAGACCGAGCAGAGGCUUAUUUAAUAGAAGAAAUGUAUGACGAAGCCAUUCAGGACUAUGAAGCUGCUCAGGAACACAACGAAAAUGAUCAGCAAAUCCGGGAAGGUUUGGAGAAAGCUCAGCGGUUACUGAAACAGUCACAGAAGCGUGAUUAUUACAAAAUCUUGGGAGUAAAAAGAAAUGCCAAAAAACAAGAAAUCAUUAAAGCCUACCGAAAACUAGCACUUCAGUGGCAUCCGGAUAAUUUCCAGAAUGAAGAGGAAAAGAAAAAGGCAGAGAAAAAGUUCAUUGACAUAGCAGCUGCUAAAGAAGUCCUCUCAGACCCAGAAAUGAGAAAGAAGUUUGAUGAUGGAGAAGAUCCUCUGGAUGCGGAGAGUCAACAAGGAGGUGGUGGCAACCCCUUCCACAGGAGCUGGAACUCAUGGCAAGGGUUCAAUCCCUUCAGCUCAGGCGGACCGUUCAGAUUUAAAUUCCACUUCAAUUAAACCAGCUGUUUUACUGCU